AUGGAAGGGAAUCAAGUCAAAUCAGUGUUUAGAUCAUCAUCUUUUCAAAAGUUAAUCCAAUGUAGUGAUACUAAAGAUGGAUCACAAUGUUUAAAGAACUAUAAGGGAUCAUUGAUUGAUGAAUUAAGGCCAAAGCUUAGUUCAGCUAUUCGCGUUCAAUUAGAAAGUUGUUUGGAUACAUCAGCUUUAAUCUCCAAUGACAUGGAAAUGCUUUUGAAUACUCAAACAUGUUUCAAUCAAGUUGAUUUCUGGGAUCUGAUUGAACAAUUUAAAAUCGAAUCUAAAAGCUCGUCGCUACCACUGUUGUUAGUGGUAAUUGUUUAUGGUUUAUCAUUUGGAUUAAUCAUUUACAGUCAUCGGAUUACUAGGAAUAAGAUGGAAUCAUUUAUAAAGCAACAACUGGAAAAGAUUAAAGGGUUGGACAGAAUGUAUGAAAAUUAUCAAAUUACUAUUGAAAAUAAUCACGAAAGAUUAACCAACUUAGUUGGAUUUGUUAAUAAUUUAAAUCAAACUGUUAAAUCUGAAAUCAGAAACAUGAAAAUUAAAUUUAGUAGAGAAGAAGAUUUAAUUUCAGAUGUUGAAAUGUUAGCUGUUUUAUUCUUAGAAUUGAAAAAUGAAUUUAAAAUGUUAAGUAAUACUGGUUAUUAUUAUAAGCCAACAAAUAGUAAAGGGAUGUUGGUUCCAAGAAAUACACCUGAUAAUUCAUAUUAUAAUACAUUCAAAUCCUUUUAUGAUUUUAAGACUAAUACGAAAAAUAGUAGUGGAAUAGAUAAUGAAAAUAUAAAGUUUAGCUCGGAUAUCAAUUUGAAUUCUAAUGCAGAGUCUGAAUUAAACUCGGUUGUUCCUCCUACUAGCGAACUAACGACUGCAACUCCGAUUUCAGAAUUGAAGAUCACAUCACCAGAUUUAUUCGACUCCACUACCGAUUAUUAUGAUUUAGAUGACAAAAUUGUUAAACAGUCUUCUACAUUAAGAGUACAUACCAUAAACUCAACUCAAUUGGAUGAUAACAGUACUAUUAGUUCAUCAAUAUCUAAAUUGAAUGUUGCGAAAAAUGGUGAUGAAAUCUCCUUUGAUACGAUUAAACCUAGUUAUGAAAAUGAAAAUCUUAACGGAAACCGCAGUAAUAAAAUUAAUUUUGAUAUUGCAACACCCGAGGGUAGAGAUAAACUUAAAGAUUUUCUAAGUAAAAAAGUUAACUGUGAAAAUGAGAACUUUAUUACAACUGUUAAAUCGGAGCCGUUAUCAACCUCAGGAUCUACAUUAUCACCUGAAGAUCUUAGUAUUAAAAUUAAUGAAAUAAAUGAAUCAAAUCCACGUUUACGAUAUGAAGACUUACCAAGAUUUGAUCAUAAUAUGAAGAAAUUAAAACGAAUCUUUAUACCAGAAAGAGGAUGGGUUUCACAUUUACAAAUCGAAAGCGAGGAGAAAAAGUAUGGAAGUUCAAGUUUUAUUCAAAUGUCUACUACUCCAAGUUUAUCAUAGGGGUUCAUAUAAUAAUAAUAAUUUUUUUUAUUUCUUUCUAUGCGGCUAGAUCGAAGAUAAAAAAUAAUAAAGGAGAACAAAUAGAUUUAAACGAAAGAUUGAUAAUAAUUGCUAUUGACUCAAAAGUUUAACCAUAACCAUGUUGGACUGAUGAAGUAUGAUUCAAAAUGAAAACAAAACAAUCAUUUGAUAAUUCUAUCAUCAUCAUCAUCAUCAUCAUCAUCAU